AUGCACCUCUCGGCCCUUCAGCGCACCCACGAGGUCUACCGGCUCGCGAGGGAGAAGGUGGACGCGCAGGAGCGCGACGAGGCUGCGAGCCGCUCGCGCGAGGCCUCGCCGCCGUCUGCUCCGCGCGACACGACGACCGCCCGGGCUGCGGCGGAGCGGGAGCUGAGUGAGAGUUUGCGCAAGGUGAGGGCGGCGCAGGCGGCGCAGGCGCUGGCAAACCGGCGGGCGGCCGAGGAGCGGCAGCAGCUCCAGACGGCGCUCCGCGAAGCGCGCGAGGUGGCUGCGCAGAACGCGGCGCACUCUCGCGAGGAGCUGCAGCAGGAGCGGCAGCGGCGAGCCGCGCUGCAGCAGGAGGCGGAGCGCGAGGCGGCCACGACGGAGGCGCCUCGUCGUCCACGCCCAGCCUCCGCGCGCCUCGGCAGGCCGCCUGCUGACGGUGCUGCGCUCGAGCAGGAGCUGCACAGCCAGAAGGGCGCGCUCGCCGAGUCCCGCCGGGCGCUCGCCGCCGAGGAGAGGCCCGUGCCGCCCGUUGAGGAGCCGCCGCUCGCCGUCUCGCUCGAGCCGCCCGCAGAGCCUUCUGAGCCUCCGCCCGCAGAGCCGCCCACACCCGCCACGCCUGCGCUCGAGACGACGCCGUCCGCUGCGCUCGAGGCGGAGGCGCUCACCGCGGCGAUGGCGGCGGCGGCGGCGAUGCGCGAGGCGGAGCCGCCGGCGGCCGAGGCGCCGCUCUCGGCGGCGGCGGCCGCCCGGCGGGCCGCCGCCCCUCCCACGAGCUCGAUGACGUCUAGCUUCUCGCUCUUCGACGCCGCCCUCGCGAGGCGCGGCGCGGACGGCGAGAGCCUGCUCGUCUUCGGCGGAGGCGGCGGCGCGUCCAAGACGGGCGUGCCGAACGCGCUCGUUGUGACGCGGCUCGACGCGAGCUGGCAGAUGCAGCUCGUCGGCGAGCACCGGACCGGCCUCGCGCCCGUGCAGUCGCUCGCGCUCUCGCCGACCGCGGACAGGCUCGCCUGCCUCCAGGGCGCCGACGUCCUCCUCUACAGCGGCGUGGAUGCGCCCGCCCCUCCGGCCGAGCCGCCCACGUGGGAGUCGGUGGCGACGGUGGACAAGAAGCGGCCGCCUCCGCCGCCGCUGUACGCGAGCCCGGCGAUGGUGCUGCGCGGGCCGGACCCGGACCCGGAGGCGGACGGGAUCCGCAAGCCGCGCCUGCCGGAGGUGUACUCGCUCGCGCUCUCCCCCGACGGCACUCGCAUCGCGGUCGGCAUCGACGACGGCUCGCUGGUGAUGAUGGAGGCGGCCGCGCAGGGCGAGUGGCGGCAGAGGCGGACGGGCAGGAGCCGCGCGCGACGGGGGUGGAAGGAGAAGCGGCACGCGCGCGACCUCAAGUCGCUCGCCUUCUCGCCCGACGGAGCCGUCGUGGCUCAGCCCGCGUUUCGGUGGCACAACUUCGUGACGCCGGCGCCCAAGCGGCGCGGCAAGCCGCUCCCCAAGACGGCGGCGUGGCGGUGCGUGCUGAUGGCGGAGGGCAGUUCGAGCGGCGCGUCGCUGUUUGGCGCUCUCAACCACGCCGCGGGCGUCGGGCACGUGCUGCGCGCGGCGGUGCCGCGCGGCGGCAGCGGCGCCCGGGUGGAGCGGUGGGCAAAGGUGACGCCCAACCGGCUGACCGCGCUGGCGCUGUCGGCCGACGGCGCCCUGCUCGCAGCGGGCACCAACGAGGGCGAGCUGCAUGUGCUGCAGGCCUCUUCCCUCGCGCGGCUGGUGCGGCUGCAGGAGCACCCGAUGUACGUCGCCGUGCUGGUGCUGACCGAGCGCGACGCGGCGGGCGGGUACGCCGCCAUCUCUUGCUCGACAAACGAGGUCAAGGUGACGCGGCUGCCAAAGGAGAGGCUCGUGCCUCCGACGCUCUCCGCCGACCGGCUGCUGCUGCUGCUCGCGCUCCUCGCCGCCCUGGUCGCCGCCGCCUUCGCUCACUUCGCCGGAGGCGGAGGAGAGGCGCCCGGCGAGCCGCCAGCCGUGGUGGAGGCGCCGCCCGCCGCCCCGUGA